UCGUGUUAAAAUUUUUAAGGUAAUUACGAGUAAUUAAUCAGACAAAUUUGUUGAUUUCAUGAUAGUUAUUCUUGGAAUUACCAAACAAUAUUUGUUUGUGUCUUUCUGAAGAAUGAUUUUGAAGAUUAUUCAACUAGAUUAUUGUAACUUGUUUCUAAUAUGAAAUAAAAUAAUUAGAUAGACAAUUACUAUGACUCGUCUGAAGCAUUAAAAUGUUACUCUAUAUUCUUUAGUGUAGAAACGAUUACGUGCAUAAAGAAGGUAUUCCGAAAUAUGAGCGCUGAAGGGACCAUCGAAGUGGUUGACGCUAAGGGAAGUACUCGGCCGGUGCUUGGGCAAGUCCUAAAGCUAUCGCAGGAUACGAGCAACAAAGAUAAAAUUCAGAGUACGUCGGGAAACUGCCGCCAGCCUCCACUGUUUGCUGGGCACAGACCAGUUCUUAACUUACCGAGCUGCCCUUAAUAUCGAGAGCGUGGUGGCCGAGUCAUUGAGAUCACCUAGAUCGGAUCAACGAGUGUGAGGUUCGAAACCGGUAACUGGUUGUAAAAUUGCUGGCCAAAGGUGGUCUCGUGGUCAAAAAUCGGCGAGAUUUCAACGUGGCCUAAUCUAAACUAACAUCGCAAUUUUAAUCACGCCAGGCUUGGCUUCCUGUUUCGACGGCUCGUGCUGUGCUCUAUCAAAUUAAAGGGACAUUUUAACCUCUGGCUUAGAAAACUAACUCUUGCAUCAUCAGUUCGGCGGAGCAAAGUUACGCAUGCAUAAAAAAAUAGGUGAAAAGGACAAGUUUUGAGUGACAACGAGCGUUGUUUCAACUAUACUGUGAAAAAAAAACAGUCGUGCUUCAUCAAUUGAUCGGUGAAAUGUUACGCACACAUCAAAGACGAGUGUAAAAUACAAUCUUGAGUGAUGAAGGGCGUUCGACAAUUCGAGCAUCGCUGAAAAAACUCGCCGCUGAAAAAACUCGUCUUCAUCAACUCGCCGUACAAAUUGACGCAGUGUGCGUUAUUGGCAGGUCUGGAGUGAGCGCGGCAGCUUGCAGGGCAUCAUCUUCGAUUUUGUUCACGUGUCUCACAAAAUUUUCGGCGGGCUUGAUAUUUUCUGAACUCGAAGUUCAAGAAGAUCUAUCAUCGUCUUUGAUCAUAAUAUUCAGCGUUGAAAAUUUGGCUGAAGUUUCUACGGAUGUCUGAUCGCCUUAUUUGAAUACUUCGCAGUCUUUCUCUGCUGAAGGAAGCUCGGAUAUAAGUGACAAGCUUUUUUAGUUUAACAUUCUAACCGAGCGAACAUUGAACGAACUCUUUAAUAUUUUGCUCCGAAUUUUGUGAGUGCAUUCAAAUAUUCAAUUUCACAGAGAAACUAAUGAAACUGUUCUGUUUAUAAUUUUUUCUUCCGUUGUUCUACUGAUAAUUAAUAUUAUACCAUUAUAAUGAUCGCUUGCCUCCUUGACGACUAUAUGGUCUUGCGAAGGUUUAAAAACUAGCCUGUCUCGAGUUAUUAUAUUAUAACAUUCAGCAAUAUAGCAUCAUUUAAUAGCUACUUCAUGAUGAGUUUUAAAUGAAUAAAUGUUGAGUAUUAUAAUUGGGGACGAUUCUUCAAUAAAUUGAACCACAUUGCACUAAAUAGUAGUACAAGUCCCGAUCUGCCUUGCAGCUGAGAAUUUUCUGAGCUCAGAAGACAUUUAUUGCCUACAAGUGGCGGAACAACUGUCCUGGCCAGAACGCUGAUUACCGAGAGCGAAGAACAACAUUAGAAUAUUAUUUGGAGGAGAAGAGAGAAAGAAAAUACGAGUGAAGAACAGCUCAAUCACAGUCGUAUGAAAAAGCCCUGCAACUAUCUUCCUACAGAAUAACUUUGCCUUCAACUGAUCUGUCUAUACGACAACUUGAUCCCACAAUUGAUCUAUAUACAUAACAUUCUAUCCCCUCAACUGCACUUCUUACACAACUUGACCCAAAAACAGAUCAACCUAUAUAACAAUCUAACCUCAUAACUGCUCUUCUUACAAAACUUUAUCCAAUAACGUGUCAACCUUUAAAACAACUUUACCCCAUAACUUUUUUGCUUAUAAAAAAAACUUGACCUCACCUUAGUCCAUAUCUUAUCGAGAUCUGCAAUCGGAGUCCGCAAACUGUCGUGAGAAAAUAUAAGCCUCAUCGUUUUUUUAUUAUGCAUAUAACGUUUAGUAGUUAGCAAAUAGUUUUCCAGCAGGAAAAUUGUGUGCAUUUUUAACAAACUAUUUAAUAAUUUUAAUAUAAAACAUAAGUUCGGUAGUAUUCAGUCGAAAUGAGUAUUCCAAAGUGUGCGUUAUCGUACCGAUAUCUUAUUAUUUCUAUCUAUAUCUUAUCCAGCUGUUCAUCACAAAGAAUUGACCUAACGGGUACUGUGUCUACCUUAGCAAAUUUCCAGACAAGACAUAAUAAUCUACUCAAUGAUGAGCAGGAACUGUCAGUUGAAUGUUCAUAUAAUUCAUCACAAAGUGUUGGAAACUCUUCAGGAUUGCGUCCGAGUAGGGAUUUAGUCUCUAACAUUUCUAGUGUAAUAAAUUCGUCUCAUUACUCAGACGUGUUCAAGCCCGUCGAAAGGAUUAACGGGCAGUCAUCGCCUUUUGAAACCGUUUCAGGUAAAUCGUCUUCGCAUCUGGAAAGCCACCAGAAUGUUUCACAAUUGAAUCGCUCGACUUUGAACAAAAGAACUGCAUUACAAAAAAGAAACUCUGGUGAUAAAAUUAGUCUUCAUCCUUCUCCGACUACAGAAAAUGUUAAUUCUUCUAACAGUGCUUCUUCUGUAGAAUCAAAACUACCACGAGACGAGUCUCAUUUCAGGAACACCUCGUACCGAUUUUGUGGCGUGUUGGAUGUUCAAAACAGUUCCUUACACCAAAGGGUCAAAAGAUAUGUGCUUGAAGGGAGCAAAUGGGAAAAGUUGGAAGUAACUUGGGCUAUUGUCAAGAAAACAGAAUCUUCUACAAUAUCCCACAACCAGGUAAUGCACGAUUUAUACCAGGCCUUUAAGUUAUGGAGUGAUGUAUCCAAACUGAAAUUUGUUGAGGUUCAUCCGGAGACGCCAAAAAUAGACAUUGCCGUUGGGUUUUACACCCUUGAUCACAGAGAUCGAUACCCUUUUGAUGGACCUGGCGGGACCCUUGCUCACGCUUUUUAUCCUGGAAGUGGUGGGGACGUUCAUUUCGAUGACCAAGAGGUGUUCAUGCGUCACUCUGAAGCAAUUGGUAGUACUUCUGGCACGAGUUUUUUGGUAACCGCGGCUCAUGAACUUGGACAUUCAUUGGGUUUGCAACACUCCAACGAGCACACGGCUUUGAUGGCCCCGUACUACCAAAGCUAUCCGGAAACUUUUGAGUUACCUGACGACGACCGUCGAGCUAUUCAAGCCUUGUAUGGAGUACCAGAUUCUGGAUUAAAUCCUUAUCGGCCUCAGUUUACUACUCCAGAUACGACAACCACAACCAGCACCUCCACGACUCCAACAACAACAACAACAACAAGAGAGCCAAAUCAACCUCCCGUAGUUCCUCGCACAACUGUACCCACAACUGUACCUAACCAAGGAUCAUGUAAACCGAAGUCAACAGGCUUGGAAAUCCCCGAUGCAUGUAGCACAUCGUUUGAUGCAAUCACUUACUUUAGAGGCGAGCUGUACUUUUUUAAAGAUAAAUUCUUGUGGCGUCUUCCAAUGUUGACCUCUGAGUACCCAUCAGAAUUAGAACGUCUUGGUCUGGAAGCUUUUUCAGGUCUAGAAAAAAUUGACGCUGCGUUUGAAACACCCAAUGGAAAAAGUCUUGUUAUUUUCUCGGGCGAAAAAUUCAUUAAGACCACGCUACAUCGAAAUACUGAAUCAAUCGAGAAAGGUAAAUUGGUAGACCUUGGCAUCAAAAACGUCUCGAAAAUAGAUGCCGCCAUGAUAUGGGGACGCAACGGAUACGCUUAUUUAUUCAGUGGAGAUCUGUACUGGAGAUUGGGAAGUGACGGCAAAGUUGAAAAUGAUUACCCAAGACCCAUGGACGUGUGGCGCGGAGUUCCUUACAACAUUUCAGCAGCAGUUUCAGUGGGCGUGAAGACAUACUUUUUCUAUGAACGUACCUUCUGGCCAUUCGACAAUCAGAAAAUGAGUGUUGUCGAUCCGCCUCGUUUGAUUUCUUCGUUUUUCUUUGAUUGUCCUUAUCCUGUACACGAGGAAAGACAAAUUUGCUGAAAGGUAAAAGUUUUGUAAAUUCGUAUUCUGUUAAAGUCUUUAAUAGGUACGCAUUUAUCUUGUCGCAGACAUCUGACGAAGGUCUACUGUAGAUUAUAAUAUACAUGAGUUCUGCC